CUCUCUAUGCUGCUUCUCUGCUCCGCAUCGAGCUGAGCUAUAAAAGCCUGGCGGGGAAGAAAAAACACUCUUGGUAAGACACUGGCAGAGCACGGAGAGGCACCGCAACCUCCGAGGAACGUAAUUUAUUGACACUUUUUCAACCGUCUGGAACAAGAGACUGCAGUUUAUGAGAGGAGAAGAAGGGAAUAUUCACACAAGAUUAAGUGAGGAGCUGGAGUUUGCUCUGUGAGGCUGGGAAGACGGCAACAUGGCAGUCUCCACUCAGCUGGGGCUGCUGCUGUGGAAGAACUUCACCUACCGACGGAGACAGACUAUCCAGCUGCUGAUUGAGAUCAUCUGGCCUUUGUUCAUCUUUUUCAUCCUGAUUUCGGUUCGAAUACAUUAUCCACCCUACGAACAACAUCAAUGUCACUUCCCUAACAAGGCAAUGCCCUCAGCGGGUACACUUCCCUGGGUACAGGGCAUUAUCUGUAACGCCAACAACCCCUGCUUUCGUAAUCCUACCCCAGGAGAGAGUCCGGGCAUUGUGGGAAAUUUUAAUGACUCCAUAAUCUCUCGUUUGAUUAAUGAUGCCAAGAAGAUGCUACUGUACACUCAGAAUGAUAAGAGCUACGAAGGCUACAAAGGUCUGCUGAGAGCCCUCAGGAAGCUUCAGAAGAACACUCCUCGCUUUAAGCUGAAGGACUUUUUGAGAGACAAUGAGACCCUUUCUGAAUUUCUACACCACAAUGCAUCACUUCCUCGCCACGCCCUGAGACAAAUCCUAGAGGCUGAAGUCAACUUGGAGAAGGUGCUCACCAAAGGUUUUGGAUUUCAUCUUAAAGACCUUUGCAACGUGACCCCCCUGGAAGAGUUUGUCCACAUCGCUGACCACAAUGUGUCCCGUUUAACCCAAGAAAUCAUUUGCAAGUCGUCCAUUGACUGGCUGAACAAAGCUCAAAUCCACUUUCUCUCCAAUUUGGACUUCCUAAAACCAAUUCAGAGAGAUGUGAGGUCAGAUCCCAAAGUUGUUCAGGAAGUCUCUGCUGCAACCGGCAACCUUCUGGAGAGCCUUGGAGCGUUGGCUGUGGAGCUUUCCAGCAUGAAAAGUUGGAAAGAUAUGCGGAAGGAGAUCCUGUAUCUGACUGCGAACACAACGGGGUCUCCAAAGCAGAUGUACGAGGCCGUGUCACGUAUCGUCUGCGGGCAUCCAGAGGGAGGUGGCCUCAAGAUCAAGUCUCUCAACUGGUAUGAAGACAACAACUACAAGGCGCUGUUUGGACACCAUGGCAAUGACAGUGACAGUGAACCAGUCUCUACUUAUGACAACUCUUCCACUCCUUAUUGUAACAACUUGAUGAAAGGCCUGGAGUCCAGCCCCAUUUCCAGGAUGAUCUGGCGAGCUCUUAAACCUCUUCUCAUGGGGAAGAUCCUGUACACCCCAGAUACUCCAGCAACACAGAGGAUCAUCCAUGAGGUUAAUAAGACCUUCCAGGAGCUGGGUGUCCUGAGAGACCUUGGUGGUAUGUGGGAGGAAAUGAGGCCCAAAUUCUGGAAUUUCAUGGAGAAUAGUGAAGAAAUGGACUUGGUCAGGUCCCUGCUCCAAAGCAACGUCAGUGCAGCUUUCCUGAACGCCCAGCUCAGUGGGACUGAGUGGAGCGUGUCGGACGUGACAAAUUUUCUAUCCAAAGCAUCGGAGUUCCGCAGGCCUGCAGGUUCAGCGUACACCUGGAGAGAUGUCUUCAACGAGACCGACCGGGCCAUACGGACCAUUUCACAAUUUAUGGAGUGUGUGAACCUGGAUAAGUUGGAGGCGGUUGCUAACGAGGAACGCCUGGUCAACAAGUCCAUGGGUCUCCUGAAUAACCAAAAGUUCUGGGCUGGGAUUGUGUUCCCUGACAUUGCUCGUAACAACAGCACAGACCUUCCUCCCAAUGUCAACUACAAAAUUCGUAUGGACAUCGAUAAUGUGGAGAGGACUAACAAGAUCAAAGAUGGAUAUUGGGACCCUGGUCCCAGGGCGGACCCCUUUGAGGACCUUCGGUACAUCUGGGGUGGGUUUUCAUACCUGCAGGAUGUCAUUGAACAAGGAAUCACCCGAGCCAUCACCGGCACCAGGGAGAGGACAGGCAUCUACAUUCAGCAGAUGCCUUAUCCCUGUUAUGUUGAUGAUAUGUUCUUGCAAGUGAUGAGCAGGUCAAUGCCUCUCUUCAUGACUUUGGCAUGGAUGUACUCAGUAGCUAUUAUCAUCAAAGGUGUUGUGUAUGAGAAGGAGGCGCGACUGAAGGAGACCAUGAGGAUCAUGGGUCUGAACAAUGGCAUCCUGUGGCUGAGCUGGUUCAUCAGCAGUUUGAUCCCUCUGCUUAUCAGCGCAGGCUUGUUGGUGAUGUUACUGAAGAUGGGAAACCUGCUGCCAUACAGUGACUGCGGCGUUGUGUUUCUUUUCCUGGGAUCCUUUGGCGUCGUCACCAUAAUGCAGUGUUUUCUUAUCAGCACCUUAUUUUCACGUGCCAACCUGGCCGCAGCCUGUGGGGGCAUCAUAUACUUCACUCUGUAUCUGCCAUAUGUUCUUUGUGUUGCCUGGCAAGACUACGUGGGCUUUGGAGCUAAAAUUGUUGUGAGUUUACUUUCUCCUGUGGCCUUUGGCUUUGGAUGUGAGUACUUUGCCCUGUUUGAGGAGCAAGGAGUAGGAAUCCAGUGGUCCAACUUGCUUGUGAGCCCAAUGAAGGAGGACAGCUACAACCUGACCACCUCUAUCUGCCUCAUGCUGUUUGACGCAGUGUUGUAUGGAAUAAUGACCUGGUACAUCGAAGCUGUCUUCCCUGGUCAGUACGGCAUCCCAAGGCCUUGGUAUUUCCCUUUCACAAGGUCGUACUGGUGUGGAGAGAAAGAAAAUAAAGACAUCAACACUCCUCUGUCAAAGAGAUGCAAUGCCGAUGCUGUAUGCAUGGAAGAGGAUCCGAGCCACAUUGAACCUGGUGUUUACAUUGAAAAUCUAGUGAAGAUCUACAGCCACGGGAACAAGCUGGCUGUAGACGGACUGUCCCUGAAGUUCUACGAGGGACAGAUCACCUCCUUCCUCGGCCACAAUGGAGCUGGCAAGACCACGACCAUGUCAAUCCUGACAGGAUUGUUCCCUCCCACUUCUGGUACUGCCUACAUCCUCGGCAAAGACAUCCGCAGUGAGCUGAGCACCAUCCGACAGAACCUGGGAGUCUGCCCCCAGCACAAUGUGCUUUUCAGCAUGUUGACGGUGGAGGAGCACAUUUGGUUCUACGCUUGUCUAAAGGGGCUUCCUGAAGAGAAGGUGAAAGCUGAAAUGGAACAAAUCGUCAAUGAUGUCGGCCUGCCUCACAAGAGAAAGUCCCGCACGAGCACCCUGUCAGGAGGGAUGCAGAGGAAGUUGUCGGUGGCGUUGGCUUUUGUUGGAGGCUCCAAAGUUGUGAUUCUGGAUGAGCCCACUGCUGGCGUUGAUCCCUAUGCUCGCAGGGGAAUCUGGGACCUACUUCUCAAGUACAGACAGGGUCGUACUAUCAUCCUAUCCACUCAUCACAUGGAUGAAGCUGACAUCCUGGGUGACCGAAUUGCCAUCAUUUCCCAUGGCAAGCUGUGCUGUUUGGGAUCCUCGCUCUUCCUCAAGACCCACCUUGGCACUGGCUACUACCUGACCCUGGUCAAGAGAGACUACGAUUUGUCCCUUCAGUCCUGCAGGAACUCUGCCAGUACAGUGUCCUACAGCAAGAAAAUAGAAAAGGAGGACAGUGUAUCAGAGAGCAGCUCAGACGCUGGUCUGGGAAGUGAACCAGAAAGUGAAACCACCACCAUCGAUGUCUCCCUCAUCUCCAGUGAGAUCUUCAAGCAUGUUCCAGAGGCUCGUCUAGUGGAAGAUCUGGGCCAUGAGCUCACGUACAUCUUGCCUUACCAUUCAGCUAAAGAUGGAGCUUUUGUUGAGCUCUUCCAUGAGCUUGAUGACAGACUCACAGACUUGGGGAUUUCAAGUUAUGGAAUAUCUGAUACUACCUUAGAAGAGAUUUUCUUGAAAGUGGCAGAAGACAGCGGAGUGGAUUCUGUUGAGCUUUCAGAUGGAGUUGUACCGACCAGGAUUCGUCGGCGUCAUGCGUUCGGAGACCACCAGAGCUGCCUGAAGCCCUUCACCGAGGACGACUUUGACUUCAAUGACUCUGAAGGGGACCCAGAAUCCCGUGAAACCGACUGGCUCGGGGGAGCAGAUGGCAAAGGUUCAUUCCAGGUCAAAGGCUGGAGUCUGAAGAGACAGCAGUUUGUUGCACUCCUCUGGAAACGAUUUCUCUACGCUCGUCGCUCCAGGAAAGGCUUCUUUGCUCAGAUUGUUCUGCCAGCAGUGUUUGUUUGUAUCGCACUUGUGUUCAGUCUUAUUGUGCCUCCAUUUGGAAAGUACCCCAGUCUGGCUCUGCAUCCCAGCAUGUACGGAGAACAGUUUUCCUUCAUCAGUAAUGAUAUUCCUGAGGACUCUCACACCAACAAGCUACAGCAUGCUCUGAUAGAAAAACCAGGGUUUGGAACACAUUGCAUGGAAGACGAGCCCGUACCUGACACUCCGUGCACUGCUGUUGAAGAUGAGUGGGCGAUUCCUCAAGUCCCUCAAAGUGUAAGGGACAUUUUUGACAAAGGCAACUGGACCAUGGAGAACCCGUCUCCGCUUUGUGAGUGUAGCUGCGGAAAACAAAAAAGGAUGCUGCCCGAGUGUCCCGCCGGGGCCGGUGGCCUUCCACCCCCACAGAUGAAGGUCAGUGACAAAGACACACUGCAGAAUCUGACUGGCAGAAAUGUGUCCGAUUAUCUGGUCAAAACCUACGCUCAGAUCAUUGGCAAGAGUCUGAAGAACAAGAUUUGGGUCAAUGAGUUCAGAUAUGGUGGAUUUUCACUGGGUGCCAGAAAUCCUCAGAUUCUGCCCCAAAAAGAAGAAAUUGAUGUAGCGAUCGUGCAGCUGAGGAGACGCUUUCACCUCGAAAGAGGAACUGCAGCUGAUCGUUUCUUCCGCAGUCUGGCCAGUUUUAUCCAAGGACUGGACACCAAAAAUAACGUCAAGAUCUGGUUUAACAAUAAGGGCUGGCACAGCAUUGGUUCUUUCCUUAAUGUGAUGAACAACGCUGUCCUGCGGGCGAGUCUGCCGCCUGGAAAAGACCCCACAAAGUUUGGCAUCACUGCCUACAAUCACCCGCUGAACCUGACCAAGGAGCAGCUGUCGCAGGUUGCUUUGAUGACAACAUCCGUGGACGUUUUGGUGUCCAUUUGCGUGAUCUUCGCCAUGUCUUUUGUCCCUGCCAGUUUUGUGGUUUUCCUCAUCCAGGAGAGAGUGACGAAGGCCAAACAUAUGCAGUUCAUCAGUGGAGUGCAGCCUUUCCUCUACUGGCUGGCAAACUUUGUCUGGGAUAUGUGUAACUACAUUGUUCCAGCCACUUUGGUGAUCAUCAUAUUUGUAUGUUUCCAACAAGAAGCCUAUGUGUCCUCCACCAAUCUGCCAGUGCUGGCCCUGCUGCUGCUGCUCUACGGAUGGUCCAUCACCCCUCUGAUGUACCCAGCCUCCUUCUUCUUUAAGAUCCCAAGCACUGCCUAUGUGGUUCUGACGAGCGUCAACAUACUGAUAGGGAUCAACGGCAGUGUGUCCACAUUUGUCCUGGAGUUGUUUGGAAGCAACGAGAUUGGUGGCAUUAAUGACAUCUUGAAGAACGUGUUCCUCAUUUUUCCUCACUUCUGCCUGGGUAGAGGACUGAUUGACAUGGUGAAGAAUCAGGCCAUGGCUGAUGCUUUAGAGAGAUUUGGUGAAAACCGGUUCCGCUCUCCCCUGGCCUGGGACAUGGUGGGGAAGAACCUGUUUGCGAUGGCCAUAGAAGGUGUCAUCUUCUUCUUUAUCACCGUCCUCAUUCAGUACCGCUUCUGCUUCAAGGCCAGGUCAUCCACCAGCCAUCUGAAGCCUAUCGGAGAAGAAGAUGAGGAUGUGGCCAGAGAGCGACAAAGGAUCCUGAGCGGCGGAGGACAGUCUGACAUUCUGGAGCUCAGAGAACUCACCAAGAUUUACAAGCGGAAACAGAAGCCAGCAGUGGACCGGCUGUGUGUUGGCAUCCCUCCUGGAGAGUGUUUUGGUUUGCUGGGAGUAAAUGGAGCAGGGAAAACCAGCACCUUUAAAAUGCUCACCGGAGACUCUGUCGUCACCAGCGGGGAGGCGUAUUUAGCCAGCAAGAGUGUAACUACAGAGAUGGAUGAGGUGCAUCAGAACAUGGGCUACUGCCCUCAGUUUGAUGCCAUCAAUGACCUAUUGACUGGAAGAGAACACCUCGAGUUUUAUGCUAUCCUGAGAGGAGUACCUGAGAAGGAAGUCUGUGAGGUGGCAGAGUGGGGCAUCAAGAAACUGGGUCUGGUCAAAUACGUGGACAAGGCAGCUGGCAGCUACAGUGGAGGAAACAUGAGGAAGCUUUCCACCGCCAUUGCUCUCAUAGGAGGACCUCCUGUUGUAUUUCUGGACGAACCGACAACAGGCAUGGACCCUAAGGCUCGCCGCGCCCUCUGGAAUGCCAUCUUGAGCAUCAUCAAGGAGGGACGAUCUGUAGUGUUGACUUCUCACAGCAUGGAGGAAUGUGAAGCACUCUGCACCAGAAUGGCCAUAAUGGUCAACGGCAGGUUCCGCUGUCUGGGCAGUGUGCAACACCUCAAGAACAGGUUUGGUGACGGUUACACCAUCAUCUUGCGGGUGGCGGGGCCGGACCCAGACCUCCAGCCGGUGAUGGAGUUCAUCGAGCGGGAGCUGCCCAGGAGCACGUUAAAGGAGAGGCACCGCAACAUGCUGCAGUACCAGCUUUCCUCGUCUCUCACCUCCCUCGCCCGCAUCUUCUCCCUGCUGUCUAAGAACAAGGAGGCCCUCAGCAUAGAGGACUACUCCGUCUCUCAGACCACUUUGGACCAAGUGUUCGUCAAUUUCGCCAAGGACCAAAGCGACGAGGACCACUUGAAAGACGUCCACAUGAGUAAGCGAGAAGCCGUCGUGGUGGACCUUUCCCAGCUAAACUCUUUCCUCGUGGACAGCAAGACGAGGGAGAGCUGUGUCUGA